AAAGGGCAACAAAUACACGUGGUAUGAGCUGUCACCUUACCAGCUCUGGUAUGUCGUUAUUUAGAAGCUGACGCUGAAUAAAUAUCAGGAUGUCAAGUUCCACCGGAAAGAAUGUCGAUGUUGUCGUUAUUGGCACAGGGAUUUCAGGGCUUGUCACUGCCAAAUGUCUGUUAGAUGAUGGAUUUCAAGUGGCAGUUAUAGAGAGAUCGGGCGACAUUGGUGGACUAUGGACUUUCAGAGAAAAUGACUAUGGAGUUAUGCGAUUUACUCAUAUCAAUGUCUCAAAGUACAACUACUGUUUCUCAGACUUUCCCUUCCCUGAUGAUGUGCCAGAUUACCCCCAUAAUACAGAUAUGGCAAAAUACAUUAAGGACUAUGCUGCCCACUUUGAUCUAGGAAAACAUAUCAAGUUCUUCACCAAAGUGACAAAAUUAGAAAAGACAGCUGAUGAUAAAUGGAGAGUGACUUGUCAGAAAGUGGAGGAAGAUGGGCAGACAGUGAAGUCCCUGGACUCCAGUGAAGAAGUCAUCACUGCCAGAUAUGUUGCCAUAGCAACAGGACAUCAUGCCAGUCCAGUUAUGCCAAAGUUCCAAGGUCAAGAGACUUUCCCAGGAGAGAUAAUUCACAGUGUCAAGUUCAAGGAUGCCCUCACUAAUGGCGUGGUGGGUAAGAGGGUACUGGUUGUUGGCAUUGGUAACAGUGCUGUGGAUGUCGCUGUCAACUGUGCUUCUGUGGGAAGGUGUAAAUCAGUGUAUCUAAGUACAAGAUCUGGAGCCUGGGUUGUUCCCAAUUACUUGUUCGGCCACCCCACUGACCUUUACGCCAACAGAGCCUUUUUCUAUAUUCCCUGGCAAAUAGCAUCAACCAUUUUUGAGACGAUUUUGAAAUUAGUCUCUGGAAAUCCAAGAAGGUGGAAUCUGAACCCUAAGAUGAGACUUCUACAGACCCAGCCCACAGUGAGCCCCACCCUGAUACACCACAUCCAGCGCCACGACAUCAGGGUGGCCCCCAAUGUUCUGGACUGCAAUAAAAUCGGAUUUUCAGGAGAGUAUGUGCACAAAAACUAUAAUCAAUCUGAUAUUAUUAUUAUAUAUAUCUGGUUACACAUCUGGAAAAUGUACCGUAGGUCAGAUCCAGCAUCCAAAGCAAGUCUGUUGUACAAAAAUGUCUUCCAUCCAGAGAUUGGCCAUUCUCUGGCCUUUAUUGGUUUUACACAGCCAGCUUCAGGGGGACUUCUUUCAAUGUCCGAAAUCCAGGCCAGGUGGUUCACGGAGCUAUGUAGGGGGCGCUGUAGUCUACCCACAAAACUCACUAUGAACGAAAACAUAAAGGAAGAGGAGGAGACGGUGAAGUCCAGGUACUAUCAUUCCAACAGACACACGAUACAGAGGGACCCCAUACUGUACAAUGAUGAAAUAGCCGCCAUGUUUGGAGCCAAACCUGAGCUCCUGAAGAAUCCAUCUCUGGCAUGGAGAUUAUUGCUUGGAUCCUGCGGCACAUACCAGUGGCGACUCCAGGGACCUAACUCUUGGAAAGGUGCCAAGGAUGCAGUGCUGAAAGUCCCAGUCCCGGAAAUGUGGCAGUAUACAGGAGUUAUUGUGCUGGUGUUAUUGGGAAUAUGUCUGCUUUACAUUCUGUCUUUCUUGUUCUAACUUUUGAACAUACCGGUGAAUUUAUGACUGAAUGUGUCUGCAGAGCCAUUGCCAAUGAUACAUUCCUUGUGAAAGACUGUGAUAAACAUGAUGUGCAAUAUUUUUGUAUUGAAAAGAUCUUUAUAUUGGUUUAGUCAAAAUAAAUUAAAUACUUGAAUGAUAUAU